GCUUCACAGCGAUUUAAAGUCAGCAUGGGUCGACGCUCGUCAGACAGUGAGGAUGGCAGUCGGAGCAGGAAAAAGAGAAAACAGCGUCGACGUUCAUCCUCCUCUUCGUCUUCGUCUUCAUCCUCCGGGAGCAGGGCGACCUGCAGCAAGAGCCGGAGGUCCACACGCCGGAGCAAGUCUCGAUCUAGAGACAGAGACAGAGACAGGAGGAGGAGAAGACAUUCCAGCAGCAGUUCUUCCCGCAGUUCAUCUCGCAAGAGGAGGAGUCGCAGUGCAGAGAGAGAGAAAGGGAGGAGCCGUCGCUCACGCAGGUCCCGCAGCAGAGACAGAAGAGGGAGCCACAUGGAAACUUGCGUCUUGGCUCUGGAUUAG